UACACUUUUCUCUUUAGAAAAUGAAUUCUCUUACAUUGAAGCCCAAAGCAAUACCUUCUCAUCCACAGCUUCUCGUCCCAGAAAUCAGAACAUGCAAAACCAUUCGAGAAUUGAAGCAAGUUCAUGCCUUCCUUAUCAAAACAGCUCGAACACGUGAUAUCACAGUGGCAACUGAGCUCCUCAAGCUCUGUGCAACCUCUGAUUUUCGUGACCCCGGUUACGCCCUCUCAGUGUUCGACCAAAUGCCUGAACCAAAUUGCUUUGCUUGGAACACUGUGAUAAGGGCACUUGCUGAAGAAAGCAAUGCUGAUGGAUCCUUAAAUGCCAUGUUGCUGUUCAGUCGAAUGUUGUAUGAUGGAAUGGCGGAGCCUAAUAGGUUCACCUUCCCUUCUGUGUUGAAGGCUUGCUCGGUUGCGGCAAGGUUGGAAGAAGGGAAGCAGGUUCAUGGUUUGGUUGUUAAGUUCGGAUUGGAUGAUGAUGAGUUUGUUGUCAGUAAUCUGCUGAGGAUGUAUGUGUUGUGUGGGAGUGUGGAGGAUGCCCAUGUUUUGUUUUCCAGGAAUGUUGGUGGUGUUGAUGAUAUGAGUAGAGUUGUAACAGAUAAGAGGAGGCAAGAGGCUAAUGUGGUUCUAUGCAAUGUGAUGGUUGAUGGGUAUGUGAGAGUUGGGAACCUUAAGGCUGCUAGGGAACUGUUUCACAGAAUGCAGCAGAGAAGUGUGGUUUCUUGGAACGUGAUGAUUUCUGGCUAUGCUCAAAAUGGGUUUUUCAUGGAGGCCAUAGAGAUGUUUCAUAAGAUGCAGAUGGGACAUUUGUCGCCGAACCGGGUGACUUUGGUCAGCGUGCUGCCUGCAAUUUCACGCCUUGGAGCACUCGAGUUGGGGAAAUGGGUGCAUUUGUACGCGGAGAAGAACAAGAUUCGGAUUGAUGAUGUGCUUGGCUCUGCUCUUGUGGAUAUGUAUGCCAAGUGUGGAAGCAUUAAGAAGGCAAUUCAGGUCUUUGAGAAGCUUCCUAGAAAUAAUGUUAUAACUUGGAAUGCGAUCAUAGGUGGUCUUGCCAUGCAUGGUAAAGCCAACGAUGUGUUUGAUUACUUUUUAAGGAUGGAAAGAAGUGGAGUAUCCCCUAGCGAUGUUACAUACAUAGCCAUCUUGAGUGCAUGUAGCCAUGCAGGUUUAGUGGACAAGGGAAGAUCAUUUUUCAGUGAAAUGAUCAUUGUGGCUGGAUUAGAGCCUAGAAUAGAACACUAUGGUUGCAUGGUUGACCUCCUGGGUCGCGCUGGUUAUCUCAAAGAAGCUGAGGAUCUUAUAUUGAACAUGCCAAUAAGAUCGGAUGAUGUCAUAUGGAAGGCCUUGCUUGGUGCUUGUAAGAUGCAUAAAAAUAUCGAAAUCGGUAGGCGUGCAGCGGAGGUUUUGAUGAAAUUGGCACCUCAUGACAGUGGGGCAUAUGUGGCUCUCUCCAACAUGUAUGCCUCAUCAGGGGAUUGGGAUGCAGUUGCAGAGGUGAGGUUGAUGAUGAGAGGCUUAGACAUAAGGAAAGACCCUGGAUGUAGUUGGAUUGAAAUUGAUGGUGUCAUUCAUGAGUUUCUUGUUGAAGAUGAUUCCCAUCCUAGAGCCAAAGAAAUACUCUCAAUGUUGAAGGAAAUUUCGCACAAGUUGAGCUUGGAAGGUCACAUGCCAGAUACCACGCAAGUCUUUCUUAAGAUAGAUGAGAAGAAUAAGGAGAGUGUGCUGCACUACCACAGUGAGAAAAUUGCAGUUGCGUUUGGCUUAAUUAGCACAUCCCCUAAGACACCAAUUCAGAUUGUGAAAAAUUUGCGAAUAUGCGAGGAUUGUCAUUCUUCAAUGAAAUUAAUCUCAAAAGUUUAUGAGCGUCAGAUAACUAUUCGAGAUAGGAAGCGAUUUCACCAUUUCGAGCAUGGUUCAUGUUCUUGUAUGGACUACUGGUAGUUUUGAAUUGAAGUCCUUGGCAACAGAGUUGCCUGUUGGUGGAUGUAACUACUUUAGUAUAUACUAUAUUGUCCUAACUCUCACUAACUUCCCUUGUCCUUAAAAUAGAGCUUGAGUAUUUAUUAAUUAAUGUACAGCAAAAGGCAUUGUUGUCAUUCUUUCUUCAGAACUGAAAAUGUGUUUUUCUUUUGGCCCUACUGCACUAAGCCACUGCUGAGAUUGACCUGU